AUGUCUGUAGUUGUUAAUCUCCGGGCCACUGAUGUGAAGCUGAUGCGCCAGCUCCUCCUCAUCAAUGAAAGUAUUGAAUCAAUCAAGUGGAUGAUUGAAGAGAAAGCCAUUGCCAGCAGAGGCAGCAGUUUGAGUGGAAGCCUGUGCAGCUUGCUAGAAAGUCAGGAGACAUCCCUCCAUGGCAGCUGUAACAGUUUACAAGACUGUAGUGAUGGACUGGAUGGAAUAUCGGUGGGGAGUUAUUUGGACACCUUAGUGGAUGAUGUCCCUGGUCACCAAACUCCUUCAGAUAUGGACAAGUUCAGUGAUUCUUCUGUCACAGAGGACUCACAGUCUCUGCAUAAGCAUCCCAAAAUUGAUUCUGAUGAGUACUACUGUUUUGGUUAAUAAGAACAAGUUCCAGUGGGACACAAAUGCACUUGUACUUACCCUUUUUCUUUGCUGCUAUUUUAUUUAAUGUGCAAAAUCCCCGAAGUUCUCUUGGAAAGAGAAUAUUAUAUGAUACUUCAGUUCUAUUGCAUAACUUUUCUGUUGCUUCUAAUGUAUUUUCUCCUUGAUGGGUUGGGCUUUUCUCCUCCUCCUCCUCCUCACAUUUUCUUAAUUUAUUGUUACUUUUAUUUUUCGUUUUACCUUUUUACAAUGCUUUAUUUACGAGUCUCUAAAAGCGGUGAAGGAAAAUCUUUAUCUUUAAAAUGAAACAUCAGGGAAUGAGAGUAAAAAUUUUGUAUUUGUUGUCAAUAAAAUAUCUUCUGUAAAUAUAUGUUGUCACAAAUUUUCUUGACUACCAGAUCUGGCCUUUCCAGAGAUGCUGUUCUUAUUGAGCCUUAAAUCUGAUACACUGAAAAUACUUCUACAAAAUAACUUUAC